AUGUUUAUAAGACAGUUUAAUAAUUCUGGUGUUCCUGACAAUCUCCGCCUCGUCAGUUGCCAUGGAUUUAAGAUCAGGGACAGUUUAAUAAUUCUGGUGUUCCUGACAAUCUCCGCCUCGUCAGUUGCCAUGGAUUUAAGAUCAGGGGUACUUAACAGAGACAAAUGUCAAAUUCAAGUAGUUCGCUUAACAAUUCAUCCGCCCGAGAUAUUUCAAGAUCGGUGUGCUUCUGCUAGAGUGGUUAGUUUUGGUUGCAGAGGGCAGUGUCAUUCAUACAGUAAAAUAGAUAGGCACAACACCAGUCGAAUCAUGAGAUCCUGCAAUUGCUGUGAACCAGUAAGAGUUGGAAUCCGAUUAGCAGUCUUACCUUGUCUUAAUGGUGUCCUCAUUCGAACUCCAGUCAAAUUUGCCCGCCAAUGUAGUUGUCGCCCCUGCUUUACAUCCGUCCAAAAUAUGGAUAUCAAUCGUUUACAGCAAUUAUUACAGAAAACUUCCUUACGAAAUAAAUUGUUAGGUUGA